AUGGGCAACUCGCAAUCAUCGAGAAGAGACGCUGAAAGCAACAACAAUGAACAAACUUCAGGGCUUCCAAUAGUAAAUAAUGUCACAGUAGAUCACGGAGCCUUGACGCCGUCUGGAGUCUAUGCCACAAUCCAACCAGACUAUGAUGUAAAGGCCGUCCGUAAACUCAUUCUAGAGCGUCGCAUUCAACCAUUUUACAAGGGCCUGGCUGAUCCUCCCGACGAAAGUGAACAUACUACCUCGUCGCCCAUUGCGAUAUCACCACACAAGGCCGAUCCUACUGCUACAAAGACUCCUGACGAAAGCAAAGCAAUGACCUGGUCUUCUACAUCCGGUAGUGCUGCCUUGGCUACUCAGUCUCUCAGUCGUAAUCCGUCAAACACUCCAUCUGCAACCAUAUCACCGCCAGCUAUACAUACCUCAGCCUCAUCCUUGUCUAUUGUCGCAGAUAUGAAGAAGAAUAAACGAAGUAGUAGCUUCUCAAAUGGCCAAACCCCCCCGCUCGCUAAUGGACAACAUUACGAUGUUGGUGUUGGAUCUCAAACUCUUGAAGAGCUAUACAAGGCACCAAUAGAGUGCCCGAUUUGCUUCCUCUAUUAUCCGAAAAACAUCAAUUAUACUCGCUGCUGUGAAAAGCCAAUAUGUACAGAAUGCUUUUUGCAAAUCAAACGUUUGGACUCCAACUUUGAGCCUGCCACUUGCCCUUACUGCGUCGAGCCGCACUUUGGAAUAGUGUAUAAAGCACCUACUGCUGCCAAUAGACCCACAGCUAUCAGAAUCGCCUCCGACUUGAAUGGUCUGCCUCCACGUGCCAUGAGUCCGGGAUCCAUGAGCCCCUCUCAAGUCUCAAUCCUUGAGAGAACUCUGCGAGAGGAUGAAACAACCGAUAAAGGGAAAGCACGACGUAUGAGUUACUCAUAUAGGCACAGCAGUGUAGUGACAUCAGACGAGAUAAGGCCAGACUGGAAGCAACGACAACAAGAAGCUGCGAUGAGAGCCGCUUCGUCAACUCGUCGAAAUCCAUUUUUGAUGGGCCCAGGUGGAAGGUCUCGAUUAUUUAGAGAUCCAGCCGAACAAGAAAGAGAAUUGGCGGGAGCCGCUGCCGCUGCUGCCUCUCUCGUUGAGAAUAUUACCCAACUGACUAAUAGAACUGCUCGACGAAUGGAUUCAAGGGAUUCCUUGAGACUCGGGUCCAGGCGUUUGAGCUCAUCACAAGAUAGCAACAGCAGUGGAUCUCGUAAUCGACCACCUAUAGAUUCCCACAAUCUUGCAUACUUGGAAGCAAUGCGCACUAUGAAUAUUGAUAUUGAGGAGGUCAUGAUGAUGGAAGCCGUUAGGAGAUCUCUGGCUGAAGCUCAAGAAGCCGCUGAAAAAUCAGCUAUCGAACAGGAUACGAGAUCUCUGGCGUCCCGAGCUGCAGCCGCUGCGUCACAGUCUUCUGCUGGUGUAACUACGCCAUCGAUGUCAAGGAACUCCAGUGCUCAGACCACGAUGUCACAAAGACCUCCUGAUGCCAUCAUAACAGCUAUACCAUCAACAUCCUCACCAUUAGCAUCAGCAGAAGCAGACACAACUAAUACUAAUAAUAAUAAACCGAUAACAACGUCGCCGCCACUAUCAACUAUAAUAGCACCAUCACAACCAGCACCAACUUCCAGUUUAGCACCAGUACUGGCCCCCAGCUCCAUCUCUGAUGAUCAGUCAUCUACAGAGGAACGAGAUCGUCGGUCUAGCUCUCCAGCGAGAUCUGUUGGUGCACGAGACGUGUCUCUAGAAGAAAUUGGGGCUGGUGACGAAUCCGUACAUCGAAAUAUAUUACUGCCUUCGGAUGCAUCGGUCUUGUCUUCAGAAACUCAAAUGUAUGGUGACGGAGCUUCUAUGAGAACGGGACAUGUCACUGCCUUCUCACUCUACUCUGCAGAGACUGGAGAUGCCUACACGACGAGGAGCCCUCCAAGUAUAACGUCACAACAGCCUCCAUCUUCUCUCGCACCUGGUAGACCAUCAACAUCCGUUCUGGAACGCGACACGCUAGAAGAUAAUGCUAGUAUGAGCUCCACACGAGCCCUCAAAUCUCUGAAAUCCGAAUACAUAGGGUCUGGUGGCUCUGUGUUAUCAGCAAGCUCAGGGAUAGUGGAAUGGGAUGAUGGACGUGAUGUUGGAAGAACGUCUAUUGAUGGGGGAACUGUAGGGGGCACAAUAGCUGCUGCUGCUCAGGGAGAUAGCAGCUAG